AUGGACAAGCUGACGGAGGACGAUAUUCCUAACAUCCGCUUCAACGUGGCCAAGACAUAUUCGACACUUAUCCACGCGCUGAAGCGCCUGCCCGAGGAUGGCACUCUGUUUACUCUGGAAAAGGAAGGCAAGGAGACGACCCCAUCUCCUCGUGGCCAGGAGCUGAUCCAGUCGCGCGUCCUGCCCAACUUGGCCAAGCUGCAAAAGGAUGAUGAUGUGGAUGUGCGAUACUUUGCUACAACAGCUACUGCAGAGGCCAAUGCUGCGCCGGCGGGAGGCGACCCCAUGAACACGUCACCAUAG